AUGGCAUCCCUCGUCUCGCGCAUCGCGUCGCGGUCCAGAUCACACGCUGCGAGGGCCGCGCUUAACGCGUUCAACCUGCAGCCGACUCGAAACGUCACGUACAUGCCGAAGCCGGGCGAGGGCGCGACGCGCACUGUUACGCUGCUCCCGGGUGACGGAGCCGGGCCGCUGUGCACGAACGCGGUGGAGCAGGUGUUUAAAGCCAUCCACGCGCCCGUGGUGUUCGAGACGUAUGACCUCAAGGGCACCAUGCCCACCGUGCCCACCGAGGUCCUCGACUCGCUCCGGCGCAACAAGGUGGGGAUCAAGGGAGGCGUGCGAACGGCCGUCGCAGGCGGAGUCAGUUCGCUGACGGUGCAGCUGCGAAAAGAGUUCGAUCUCUUCGCGCAUCUCGCCUACUGCAGUAACUUCCCGGGGCUGAAGACGCGGCACGACAACGUGAACAUCGUGGUGAUCCGCGAGAACACGGAGGGCGAGUACAGCGGGCUCGAGCACGAAGUCACUCCCGGGGUUGUCGAGAGCCUCAAGGUGAUCACCAAGUUCUGCUCGGAGCGGAUUGCUAAGUACGCGUUCGAGUACGCGUACCUGAACAACCGCAAGACGGUGACGGCGGUGCACAAGGCGAACAUCAUGAAGCUCGCGGACGGGCAGUUCCUGGAGUCGUGCCGCGAGGUGUCGAAGCAGUACCCGCAGAUCAACUACAACGAGGUCAUCAUCGACAACUGCUGCAUGCAGCUCGUCUCCAAGCCAGAGCAGUUCGAUGUCAUGGUGACCCCCAAUCUGUACGGCACUCUCAUUUCAAACUGUGCUGCUGGCAUCGCAGGAGGCACCACUGUCAUGCCCGGAGGGAAUGUGGGUUAUGAGCAUGCCAUCUUUGAGCAAGGGGCCUCAGCAGGCAACGUGGGGAACGACAUCAUCAACGCUCAGAAGAAGGCCAAUCCGACGGCUCUCCUUCUCUCGGCAGCCAUGAUGCUCCGGCAUCUGCAGUUCCCGUCAUUCGCCGAUCGCAUCGGAACUGGGUACGAUUUGUCCGUCACAACCUAUUCGCCUGAUGGCCGAAUCUUUCAGAUCGAGUACGCGGGAAAGGCGGUUGACAAUAGCGGCACGGCGGUGGGUCUGAGGUGCAAGGAUGGCGUUGUGCUGGGCGUGGAGAAGCUGCUGGUGUCGAAGAUGCAGGUGCAGGGCAGCAACCGGCGAAUCCACAUAGUGGACAAGCACGCUGGCAUCGCUGUGGCGGGGCUCGUGGCGGAUGGGAGGCAGGUGGUCAACCGCGCCCGCAACGAGGCUGUUAACUACAAGAGUUUCUUCGCGCACAUGAUUCCUCUCAAGGUGCUGGCAGAUCGCAUGGCGAGCUACGCGCACUACUUCACGCUCUACUGGUGGACGCGCCCCCUCGGCUCCUCUGUGCUGCUGGCUGGCUAUGACCGCGACGGGCCCCAGCUCUACUGCAUUGAACCGUCGGGCGUCACUUAUCGGUAUCACGGCACUGCAGUGGGCAAGGGAAGGCAAGCAGCCAAGACCGAGAUUGAGAAGUUGAAGCUUUCAGAGAUGACGUGUCGGGAGGGGGUGAACGCUGUUGCCAAGAUCAUCGUUGGAGUGCAUGACGAGGCCAAGGACAAGGCGUUUGAGCUGGAGAUGGGGUGGUGCUGUGAGGACUCCAACCGGCAAUUCCAGAGAGUGCCAGAUGACAUAGUGAAGGCAGCGAGGGAUGCAGCAGAGGCAGCAAUGGAUGAAGACAUGGAUGACUGA